AUGGAAGAAGAUGAGGCGUUUGCCAAUCUUGUUGGCGUCCUGCAGGUCGUAAAGAGCGAUGGUGUUUCCGCAUUCCAGUAUCCCGACGUCGCUGUGAAGUAUCGUUUCAAUGAGUCUUUGGCUGUGUUAUCAAAACCACCACUUAAUGUUGCAGCGGCCGAACUUCUGGUACGGAAAGUAUUCGAGGUGUUUGCAGAUACAACAAUUGUAGAGUAUCAGAGGGACAUGUGCAGCGGCAGGGAGUCACUGGCUCUGCGACACCUACACGAGCGCUACCAACAAACGUUUGCGAUUAUUAGUGAUUGGUGCGGAAGGUUAAAUAGUGAGGAGUCAGUGGCGCUCUUUACAGUAUCAUUGCGGUGUCACCUGCUUCAGCCGGACCUUCUAACAGAUGAGAGCCCACCGGGGAAAAAAGAGCUGCUUAGUUUUCUAGAAUUGCACGGCCACAGAGUUCUCAAAAGUAUUGAGGAAGCUGGUUCGGCGCACUCGUUUACGCGUGUUGUUGACGGCUCGUGUGACGAGGUGCUACAAGAACUUCAUGACCUUACUUUAUCUUCCACGUCAGACAUAAAGGCAUUGUGGAAAUCUGUUUUGGUUAAUUGUACACUGGACCGCAUUGCCUCGCUGGAUGACGACGACUUUACCGUGGCCAGAAUCCAGUCGUAUAUGCAGUGGAAGGAUGACGUGGUGGAUGUAUUUGUGCGCAUGGCACUGUCACCUGAUCCAGAUGACUCCGAGCAGCGCUCUGAGGUCAACCGUUGGUGUAAGGACUUGGAGCAGCUGUUACUGGUCAGUUAUGGCCAGAAGCGGAUUGCCAGUUUUUGGGAUGUUGUUGUCGAGUACCCAGACUCGACGCCAACCCUUCAAGAUCUUCGCUUUUGCCUGCAACGUUGCACAGAUGACACACUGCGAAAUGGGUUAAUUAAAACGGUAAAGUGGAUGCUGGUUUCGCGCCUUCACCGGGCUGGCACACGCACGGAGGACAUAUUGGCUAUCUUGAUUGGCACCAUUCAUUCACUCUGUGUUCUAGUACCUAAAAAUGACCAGAGUUCGAUGAUUUUUACUAUUGUUGGAGAUACGUUAGAGCACUUAAAAAAGCGUAAAGACUGCGUAUCUGCCGUCGUACAAGCGAUGACGCAACCGAGUGGGGAUUCCACACUAAACAUUGACUUGCGUAACUAUGCAAGCACUGGUAGUGCGCUCGAUAAUGGUGAUAGUUUCGAGGGCGUAUGGGAUGCCACACUCCCCGGCACUGAGCAGUCCUCUCUUUCGCUGCAUGAGAAGCCCGACGUAUUGCGUGUACUACUCGCUACGAUAAGCGUGAAUUCACUCGUGGAAGAAUAUAGACAGGUUUUAGCUUCCCAGCUUCUAGGAAAACCGAUGCACAACUUCGAUACGUCAGCGGAGGAAGAGGUGUUGGAGCGUUUGAAGUGUGCGUUCGGUGAAGAUGUAUUGGCACCGUGCGUGGUUAUGAUUCGGGACAUUCAGGCGUCUCGACGUUACACGCAGCAGUUGGGAGAAAUGCAUGAGGGCCGUGCCACCAGUGACAAGACUUCUUCGGUGGAGUCGCGGAGGGACUGGCCGCUGAGUCUAGAUGUCCUUUCUACAACAUCGUGGCCCAAGUUGUCUUCAUGCCUUCCCGCCGGAGAGACACAACCUAUACCUGACAAGUACAACCCUCACCCGGAACUUGCAUCUGCGAUGGAUGACGCCAAGGAGGGAUAUAAGCGUUUAAAAGCGAACCAAAGACUUGAGUGGGUUCUUUCCCACGGAAAUGUCACACUGGAACUUCAACAGAAAGAAGUCUCUGCAUCCAGGUUUGUGGCUGUUACGUACGAUCUGUCGCUGUUCUCUGCGUCCAUUGUGUUAUACGUGCGUGACAUAUCAGCUGAAGUGGAUGCUCCAGCACCCUUAGUUGCGGUUGCAGAGCGCAUGGGUGUUAAGCCACAGGUUUUGCAGCAACGUAUUUCCCAUCUCAUCCCGUCUGUGCUAUUGUCGGCGGAUGAUAACAAAACUUUAUCGGUCCAGACGAACUACGUGUCUACGUCUAACUUCACCUUUGACGACGCUGAAGAGGGCGAGGAGCAGCCCGCUGGUCUUUCACCUGAUCAGAUGAACAUGCUGCUCUCCAUGCUAAAGGCAAUGCUCAAAGCCAGAGAGGCGUGUGGGGCGAGUGACAUCUUUAACAGUAUGAAGAUGUUCGGCCAGUUCCAGGGCAGCAUCGAUGACAUGCGGCGACUUCUGCAGAUAUUCGUUGCGCAGGGCAAGCUUGCGGUCAAUGAGGCCAAAUUGUAUACGUUGCCCAAGGGUUGA